AUGGCAACUAAGCAGCCGUCUUCAAGGUGGUGGUUUUGGACCAAGGUCAUUAUGGGUGGUGCUGCCGUCGCUGUUGGCGGACCAGCCUUCACCAUGUGGUUGACGCCUACUGAGGAAGAACUUCGAUCGAGAUAUAACCCCGAACUGCGCAAGAAGAGUCUGGAGAACCGCGAAGAGCGACAACAAGAUUUCGAUGACUUUGUGACCCGAUUGAAGGAGUACUCAAAGUCUGACAAGCCGAUCUGGGUCGUUGUGAAGGAGGAAGAGGAGCGAAAGCGAAAGAACGCCGCCGCCGCUGCAAAGGCGUCGAAAGUCGAGACCGAGACUCGACGAGAAGAGAUGAGAAGAGAGGCUGGCCUGGCUCUUGAUGGUUUUAAGCAAAGCACCCCUACCGAGCCUAAGGGCGGAGCGCCCAGAGCCCCUCCUCAUCCUCGGCGAAAUGUUUCGAUCGAGUCCCCCGAUCCCCCGCAAUCGAAUUUCGCCCAUCAUGUCCGACGUCCAAGAACGCCUCAAGAAGCUCGGCCUCGGUGCCCGAACUGGGUAUGUUUGCGCAUAAGGAGGCUUAUACGCCGUCACAGCCGAACAUCGCAGCUAACGGAACGACUUAGUGGAAAGGGUACCCCCCGACGAAAGGUCAAGCGCGCACCUGCCCGCUCCGGUGCCGACGACAAGAAGCUUCAGCUCGCCCUUAAGAAGCUGAACACCCAGCCCAUCCAGGCCAUUGAGGAGGUCAACAUGUUCAAGCAGGACGGAAACGUCAUCCACUUUGCUGCCCCCAAGGGUUAG